AUGGAGGCUGAAGAACGACCAAGCAAGCUUCAGAAGACGGAGCACGAAGUGACAACCGCGGAUGUCGCGACUAUAAUGGCAGCACCGGGCCCAUCAAGCGCCGGUGAGACUGGCAUCGAUGAUACUAAACCCGAUGCGAAGACGGAAAAUUGCACCCAGAGCGCUAUAGAUACCACGGCCCUUUCAGUACAGACGGAGAAACCUCUCUCGAAAAAUCAAUUGAAAAAACUUGAAAAGCAACGCAAGUGGGAUGCUGGGAGAGAAAAACGCAAGGAAUACCGGAAAGAGAAGCUUCAAGCAAAAAGAGAGCGAAGCCGGGCCAUUAAAGCUCAGCUUCAUGCCAAUGGCGAGACUCUAACGCCCGGAGUGCAUAUUGAAGGGAUACUCCCUGAUAAAAAUAAAUUAAGACAAGAAGCUCGCGCCCGAGCAGUUAACGUUCCACUCACCUUCAUUAUUGACUGCGAUUUUGAUGAACUUAUGAGCGAUAAGGAGCACAAGUCGCUUUCAUCUCAGAUAACGCGAUGCUACUCAGAUAAUGCGAAGGCUCGCUAUAGAGCGAGUCUAGUUAUAGCGUCCUUCCACGGCCAACUUAAAGAACGUUUCGAUACAACGCUUUCGAAACACUAUGAGAACUGGAAGGGUGUCAGGCUUAUCCAAGAGGACUUUGCUACGGCUGCGGAGGCCGCGCAGGCACGUAUGCAAGAGAUUCGUCGGCCUAACAUGGAAGGCAUGUUUGCUGAAAAGUCCGGGUCCGACACGGUGAAGGAGGAAGCAGAAGUGGUCUACCUUACCAGUGACAGCCCAGAUACUCUGACCGAACUUAAACCCUACAGCACCUACAUUAUUGGGGGGAUUGUUGAUAAGAACAGACACAAGGGCAUCUGCUACCAGCGAGCGAUGGAGAAAGGGAUGAAAACAGCCAAACUGCCCAUCGGGGACUAUAUGCAGAUGGCCAGCCGGUUUGUGCUAACCACGAACCAUGUUAUGGAGAUAAUGCUAAAGUGGCUCGAGCUGGGUGACUGGGGCAAAUCGUUUUCCAUGGUUAUGCCGAAGAGAAAAGGGGGCCGGCUCAGGAGCGAGGCGGGCACUCCUGCCAGCACCGAGGACGGGAAAGAUGAAGACGAGAUAGACGAGGAAGAGGUAGACGACGUCGACGAUGAUGCUAAAGCAGUCGAUGGCCCCAGUGACGACGCAAAGUAG